CGCAAACCCUCCUGAUAUUCUUUAAUCGAGCUUGUUUAUCACGUCUGUUGACGUGAGUAGUUAGUUUUUAUAUUUGCAAUUCAGUCUUUAAUACCCUUCUCUCCUUUUCUUCUAGUAUCGACCAAUUUCUCGCUUGCUCUCUUUGUGGCUGUUCAAAUUUUUCUGAAAACAUGUCUUCCGAAGUUUCUGCCAUUGGUUUCGAAGGUUUUGAAAAGAGGCUGGAAAUAUCGUUUUUCGAGCCAAGUUUCUUUGCUGACCCUGAAGGAAAGGGUUUACGUGUCCUUUCCAAAAACCAACUCGAUGAGUUUUUAGGACCUGCUGAAUGCACUAUCGUUGCGUCAUUGUCCAAUGAGCAUGUUGACUCCUACGUUCUCUCUGAGUCUAGCCUAUUUGUUUAUGCUUACAAGAUAAUCAUAAAAACUUGCGGGACAACAAAAUUGCUGAAGUCCAUCCCACCAAUCUUGAAGUUAGCUGAUUCUCUUUCCCUCACAGUCCGAUCUGUGAGGUAUACUCGUGGGUGCUUCAUUUUCCCAGGUGCUCAGUCCUACCCUCAUCGUAGUUUCUCAGAGGAAGUUUCUGUCCUUGAUAACUAUUUUGGAAAACUUGGCUCAGGCAGCAAAGCUUACAUUAUGGGUGGUUCCGACAAACAACAGAAAUGGCAUGUUUACUCUGCCUGUGCUGCAUCUACGCGCACUCUUGACCCGGUGUACACUAUGGAAAUGUGCAUGACUUCUCUGAACAGGGACAAGGCUUCUGUUUUCUAUAAAACCAAUUCAAGCUCAGCCACUUCGAUGACUGAUAACUCUGGUAUACGAGAUAUUCUUCCAAAUUCCAGGAUAUGUGAUUUUGAAUUUGACCCCUGUGGUUAUUCCAUGAAUGCUGUCGAGGGCCCUGCCGUCUCUACUAUUCACAUUACACCUGAAGAUGGUUUCAGUUAUUCAAGCUUUGAAGCUGUUGGAUAUGAUCCAAAAUCUGUUAAUCUCAGUGACCUUGUUGCCAGGGUUCUUAACUGUUUCCAACCUGGGGAGUUCUCUAUAGCUCUUCAAGCUGAUAUUGCAUCUGAACUACUCGAAAAGACCAGCUCUGUACACGUCAAGGGCUAUCGUGUGGAAGAGAAAACUUGCGAAGAGCUCGGAAUGGAUGGUUCCAUCGUCUACCAGAAGUUCGUGAAGACAACCGAAAGAUGUGAAUCUCCUCGAUCAGUCCUGAAAUGCUGCUGGAAGGAGGAAGAGAAAGAAGAAAAGGAGUAUCAAUAAAUUACGGGUUAUUUCUCUCUAUAUUUAUCGUCGUUUCCGUUUAAUAAGUGAAGGCCAUGGUAUGGUGGGUGGCAGAUUGCCAUAGUUUUGGUUAUUCACAUUUCAUUUCUUGUUGAGACUGCUAUUUAUUGAUCUUUUCUGAAAUUUCAUUGUACCAUGGAUGCUGUUCUGCACCAUUGGCUGGAUUAUUAAUUAUUGUUGGAUUUAUUUUGAGGUCUUGGAUAUCUUAUUUCUUCAGUUUUUUCCUGUU